UUUUCUUUGCCACUUUGAAGGAAAAUUUUGCCACAAAUGGCGUGCAUGAAGCUGGGAUCCAAAUCUGAAAUGUUUUACCUCUAUGGCCAAAGUUGGCUGUGCUCAACUGGACUCCCAAGUGAUAUCAUCAUUGAAAUUGGUGAUACAUCUUUCCAUCUCCACAAGUUUCCACUGAUAUCAAGAAGCAGAGAGCUAGAAAGUUUGAUGAGAGAAGUACCAUGCGAACCUGAUAAGUCUGUUUUGGAACUGCAUGGUCUACCUGGAGGAGCCAAGGCCUUUUUGCAUGUUGCUAAGUUUUGUUAUGGUGUCAAAAUGGAGUUGACUGCAUCGAAUGUUGUUGGUCUCAGGUGUGCAGCAGAGUACCUCCAAAUGAGUGAGAACUAUGGAGAGGGGAACCUCAUCAUGCAAACAGAAAAAUUCCUUAAUCAUGUGUUUGGUUACUGGACAGACACUCUCGUUGCUCUUAAAACAUGCGAGGAGGUUUUACCUAUGGCUGAAGAGCUUCACAUCGCUUCACGUAGUAUAAACUCUUUGGUGCUGAAAGUAGCAGAUCAAAGUUUGGUUAAUUUGCCUGUCUCAUCGGGUCCAAGUGUUGCUCAGAGUCCAGAGGAUGCAGAAGUGUGGAAUGGAAUAAGCCUAACACCAAAGGCAUCAGGUGAAGAUUGGUGGUUUGAUGAUGUAUCUUCUCUUAGUUUGCCAUUGUAUAAAAGGUUCAUACGAGGUGCUAGUGCACGAAACAUUAAACCUAAUAGAAUUGCUGGAUCCCUUGUUUACUAUGCAAAAAAGCACAUCCCCUUAUUGGGAAGUCAAACAAGCUCACAGAGUGGAAACUCGUCUUCUCUUAAGUCAUCUCUUUCUACCCCUUCUGAAGCAGAUCAGAGGAAUCUUAUUGAGGAAAUAGUGGAGUUGCUGCCAAAUGAAAAGGGCAUAGCACCAACCAAGUUUUUAUUGGGGUGUCUGCGGACAGCAAUGGCCUUAUAUGCUAGUUCAUCUUGCUGUUCAAGCUUGGAGAAAAGGAUUGGUUCUCAAUUAGAUGAAGCAGAUCUGGAAGAUCUUUUGAUUCCAAAUAUUGGAUUCUCAAUGGAGACUGUUCAUGACAUUGACUGUGUCCAAAGAAUGCUUGACCAUUUCAUGAUUGUAGAGCAUGACCUAAUUGAUACUACGUCUAAUGAUAUAGAGGAAGAAAGGCAAAUAGUUGCAAGUUCUCAACCUCUGAGCCCAAUGGCAAAAGUGGCUAACCUGAUAGAUUCUUAUUUAGCUGAAGUUGCACCUGAUGUAAAUGUGAAGUUACCAAAAUUUCAAUCACUUGCUGCUGUAAUUCCUGAUCAUGUCAGGACCCUGGAUGACGGUUUAUACCGUGCCAUUGAUAUAUAUCUCAAGAAUCAUCAUUGGCUGACAGACUCGGAGAAGGAACAAAUCUGCAGGCUCAUGAAUUGCCAGAAGCUGUCAUUGGAAGCCAGCACACAUGCAGCUCAAAAUGAGAGGUUACCACUUCGUGUAGUAGUCCAAGUCUUGUUCUUUGAACAACUGAAGCUGCGCACAUCUGUUGCUGGCUGGUUCUUUGCUUCUGACAAUGUUGAGAACUCACAAAACCUGAAUGCAAAUCUGCCUCUGAUAAGAAAUGAUGGCAGCAUUCCACACAACCCGGUUGUGGCUUUUGAUAACAUGAAAGAGAGAGUGGCUGAACUUGAGAAGGAAUACUUGAGCAUGAAGCAAGAUAUGGAAAAAAUGAUGAAGUCAAAGGGAGGUUGGAACGUGCUCCUUAGGAAAUUGGGUUGGAAGCUUGUGCCUAAACCCUCUAAUGCCAAUGUCUCCAAGCCAUGCCGGAAGUCCAAAAUAUCACCAGCAACUACAGCCCAGAUGGAAGAAAAGGCCAUGGAAGUGAAAUGAAAGACUUGAAGUUGAAAAACAAUUUGCAAUGCUUUUCCUUUUUCUCUUUGAAGUUUUAAGAUCAUCUAGUUGCUUCCC